AUGGAGUCCCUCAUAGCCCUCGGCGACAUGGCCUACAGUCAAUCCACCCCGACAUCCCCUACCACCUCCGUUUUUUUCUCCUCUUCUUCCGCUCUCGGCGGGGAGGACCUCGACGACCAGGGCGACGUGACUAUGACACAGGAGCUGUCUUCAGCCCCUACGUUGGAAAGCCCCAUCUUCUCCAAAACCGGCCGCAAUUCUUCAUCUCUGGAAGAGGGUGACGGAGAGAAUGACCAACAUGUCUCUUCACAAGGUCGUCUAGGAAAGAGGGCUCGAGCACUCCCCAAUAGCGACUCAACCGCCAAACGACCACGAGCUCCGACCCCGCACUUGGCGCCUCCAUGCGAUGACAACCUCGACAAUGUAUCGGAGCAAUCAGCUAUUCUAGCGGCUUUUGCUGCCCUCCAGGGAACCUUGAAAUUUCACCAAGACAUCUCCGAACAAUCUUUGCGGAGUUUCACCAAGCGGCUCGAUCGUCUCCAAAUCGGGUUCGAGAGAGAGAUGCGCGAGGUGAAGCACGAGCUGCACAAUAACAAUGAGGAGCUGCGUCAGGUAAGGGGGAUCUUGAAAAGUCUGGGUUUGACUUCCCUUGUGACAGUGCCCGAGACGAUCGCCCCUGUGCCGACGACACCUCUUACGCACCAUGUCACAGACUCUGCCGCUCGCCAGGUCACCCCCGCAGAGUCAGCCUUCUCGGGGGACAAGUAUAUUGGUAAUGCUAUGCGUGAAGCUGGUAUACAUACUCUGGUAGUAGGCGGUCAGGGGCGGACCGUCAACUUUCCCUUCCUGUCAAGGCCUCGGACAAAGAAGGACAGAGGAAUAAACUUUUCGGACACAGAGGAAGACACAAUGACAGAUCAUCCCUCCACUCACGGUGACACCAACUUUGGCAGUGAAAACGACGAGUCGGAUCUGUCGAGCAGCAGCCAACCGUCCCCCUCACAGGCUUCUGACGUCUCGGACGCAACCUGCCGCCCAGCUGAACGUCCAACGAUGAUAAGGAUGCGCUCGCCUGAUAUUGCCCCGGAUUCUCCGACUCCCACCGCCAACCAAGUCUCCUCGCCCCUCGUGGUUGAACGGGAGGAGGAAGGUGAAAGCGAGAUCGGGUCGGAUGAUCCGCUGGACAGUGUGUCUAAUUCCGUAGGGAUGAGCAGACAUGGCGAACUGGAAGCGACAAAGGCGAAUCGCUCAGUGAGGGGUCCCUCUUUGAUUUCAGAGCAGAGCCUUCUGCCCAGUGAUACGGCGCAAAGGAAAGACUGGGUUUGGAAGUGUCAAGGUGAUAAUACCGCCAAAGGCAGAAACUGGAUCUUGGAAUGCCGCGGUUGCACUGGUCGGGUUCAUUGGGCCUGCGCGGGUUUCGAGACCAUGACUAAAUGGACCAAAAGAGACAUAUAUUACUGUCCCGGCUGCUGGCCUUUGCUUGGAAAAGCCAUCAAACAACAGUAUUCCAAACAACAAGCUACCGUCGAGAAGGCUCAGCAAGAGACGUGUCUACGGGCAGAUUGUAUCCUUCACCAUGAUCCAGUGGAAGAUGAUGAUGAUCAAUUUGCUUUUGAGUCGGUAGUGGGGAGAAGAUAUAGGAAGAAGGGAGAUCCUGAAACAGUCGAGUUUCUCAUCAAGUGGGAACAAUGGGCACUCUGGGAUAGUACUUGGGAACCACCAAGUGCACUUGCCGACUUCCCAUAUGCCAAAAAGAGAUUUGAAAAGCAGGCCAGGGCUGAGGGUAACAGCGUUGGUGCGGGAGCCUUUGGAGAGCGUGUCAUACUGUUGAAAGAGGUCCAAGAGUAUUUCCUGCCGAAAACGGGCAAGUACAACAUUAGUUUCCUGAAGGAGAAGAAACUGGCGCACAGAGAAUGGUGGGAUGUGGAGGAGAAGCGGGCAAUGAGCUGA